GCAGCAGUCGCCCACUAGACCCGGCGCUGCCAAAUGUGCAAGAGGCGGUGAUUGUACACAGAGCAGUCUUUGUGUGCUCUGUACCUCACUCAGCUACCUACAAUAAUGCAUUAAAUCCCUACCUCCAUACUUUGAUAAAUCGUGUACUUGUGCUCAGUUUCGACAACAAGAGUGCCUUCAACUUGGUUGUAUCUUAGUCUUGGGUCAGGCACCUUUCUUCUGGAGGGGAUAUAUAUCUCCCUGCCUACCUACCCAUACCAAUCGCGAUCGGUAAUUUGUCCUCCGGGUCCGUAGGGCAGAAACACCACGCAGCAAGCCCAGACAAACUCAACCAAAAACCACGGCAGUACGACGUCACGACCCAACCCUUCCAUCCUCCAAAGUGUCCCAUACAGUGUCUCACCGCCACACCGGGAACGAACUUCACCCACCCCCUUUCAUCAAAAUUAUGACCUCUCUAAUCGCCCAGCUCCCUCCCGGGGAGCCAGCCCCUGAGCUUCUAGAAAACCGGAUUUGGAUCGAUGGGUGUUUCGACUUCUUUCAUCACGGCCAUGCCGGCGCUAUCGUCCAAGCUCGUCUACUGGGCGAUGAGCUCUACAUUGGCGUGCACUCGGACGAAGCCAUCAUGGAGAACAAGGGACCAACCGUCAUGUCGAUGGAGGAACGAGUCGCCGCUGUCGAUGCAUGCAGGUGGGUGACAGCCUCUGUCCCCAACGCACCUUACGUAACGGACCUCGUCUGGAUCACGCACUAUGGCUGCAAAUACGUCGUUCACGGCGACGACAUCACGUCCGACUCCAACGGCGAGGAUUGUUACCGAUUCGUCAAGGAGGCUGGGAGGUUCAAGGUGGUCAAGCGGACACCGAGCAUUUCCACCACUGAUCUGGUUGGCCGCAUGUUGCUGUGCACACGCACCCACUUCAUCAAGUCGCUCAAGGCCAUGCUUGCUGGUACCGAGGGAGACGGGACCGACACCGAAAGGGAUGCGCGGGGCCUCGACAUGAUGAAGCGUAUUGAGCUGUAUGCCACGGAUGAGACUGCCAGGAAGCCCGGCGUCGAUGUUUGGUUCUGGACUGCCUCGACCGAGGCUAAGCAGGACGACAAGUCAGAGGAAAAGGGCUCUUUCCGGGAGCUAUUCAAGGCUCCCGGACCAAAGCCAGGUCAGAGGGUCGUCUACGUCGAUGGCGGGUUCGAUCUUUUCUCGAGCGGCCAUAUCGAGUUCCUGCGCAUGGUCGUCAAGACCGAGGAGGACCUUGCCAGAGAGCAGGGUUGGUACUCGCAGCAAGCCGUUGAGGAGCGUCGCGGUAAGGGAGCCGACUAUCCACCUGCCUACGUGGUUGCCGGUAUUCACGAUGACGAUGUUAUCAACCACUGGAAGGGUGUCAACUACCCCAUCAUGAACAUUUUUGAGCGUGGGCUUUGUGUUCUGCAGUGCAAGUAUAUCAACGCCGUCGUUUUCGGGGCCCCCUUCACCCCAACCAAGUCAUAUCUUACGUCUCUUCCGUGGGGCACGCCAGAUGCAGUGUAUCACGGGCCGACAUCGUUCAUGCCGCUCACGUACGACCCGUACAUGGCACCCAAGGAGAUGGGCAUCUACAAUGAGAUAGGCGCACAUGGCUUUAGCGACGUCAACGCGGCGACCAUCGUGCAGCGUAUCCUCAAGAGCCGGGACCUCUACGAGGCGCGGCAAAGGGCCAAAGGUGAGAAGGCCAACGUUGAAGAGGCGCACCGACGAAGGGAAGUUAUGGAAGAGGAGCAGAGGCUAAAGGAGGCACAGGGUGCUUCUUCUUGAGGUUUGCUUCAACUGGCUAAGUUUAGCCGGCAUUUUCAUUGGAAUUAACGGAGUAGUCGUGGACUACAUUUUGGGCUUUCAACUGCCAGUUAUGCGGUUUGGUUAUUCACACAACUAAUUUCCCACCGGUUGACGUUUUUCAACAUACGUUAUUGGGCGCAGGAAAUAUAGCUAUUACCCGAAGAUAAAGACCUACUUAAUGACACAAAUAACCAAAUAUGCGGUGUUCCUCAUGAC